UUUUUAAAAUAUAACGAACUUUCUAGUUUUCAAGCUUUACUACGUGAUUUAUUUGGAGAAUGGUGGAGUGUGGAUUCAAGAAUUAUGCGAAUUUUUUAGAGAAAUUUUUAUAGAAAUGGUAUUUAAAUUGAAGUAGUAGUUGUUUUAUUCGUUUACUCAUAAAUUUCACUUCGAUUAAGUGCUGAUUUGUUGAGAUUUUUAUUGAUUUUAUCGGACGUUAUUUCUUGAAUUAUGGCUCCUCCCCGUGCUGCUACUAGAGUUACCUUAGCUAAUAUAAGAAAGUCAAAUUCUAUAUCUUCAGAAAAUUCAAUCAUCGGUAAAAACAUGUCAUUUGCGAAAAGAAAAGCAGAGAAUUCGCCGCCUAAAGGUGGUAAUCACAAGAAACCAGCGUUCAACGAUAUAGAAAACGAUAAAUCGAAGCUGUUUGGUCUUAAAGGGUUGAAGAGCAUAGCAGAGAAUCAAUCGAACGUUCCUUUAACUAGAUCGAAAACUGGUAAACCUAUUACGACGACAGCAACUCGAAAUCCGCUCGGUAACAUUCCAACGAAUGCUGUCAGCGGUAUCAAGUUAUCUCAAAACAAAACCAACUGUCCGUUGAAAGCUAAAGAUGUUACAAACGUGGUUAAAGCGAAACCUAGUAAACCAGUCACGCGUUCUAGUUCGAAUUCUACGUUGAAGCCUUGUAUUUCGAGUAAACCUGCCAUCGUAGUGACUAAGGAACAGAAACCUAAAGAAGUUACGAAAGUUGUUAAGAAAAUCAAAUCUAAGACUGAACUUGAUUCUACGAAGAAUGUAUCCAAAUUAGCCGUUAAAGCUGAACCCGAAAUACACGAGAAUCAAGAAAACAUUAAACCGGUUGAAAGGGAAAGGCCAGUCACCAGGUUAUCCAGUAGAUUAUCGCUUAGAAAAAGUUUAUCAGAAGAAAAGUCGUCUGAAAGUAGUUCUUUGUAUAUUUCCGCCCUUGAAGAAAUUUCUAUUACUUCGUCGAAAGAGAAAGUUCUUGCCAAAAAUGAAAAACCUAUUUCUGAAUUCGAUAAAGAAUUACUCCACGAUCCUCAUCAAGUUUCUCUCUAUGCGAUGGAAAUUUUCGAAUACUUGAAGUCUCGAGAGCCUAAUUUCGCUUGCGAAGAUUACAUGAGCAGGCAAAAAAGCAUAAACGAAAAUAUGCGUGCGGUGCUAGUAGAUUGGAUGGUUGAAGUACAAGAAAGCUUCGAACUGAAUCACGAAACUCUCUACCUCGCUGUUCGAAUUGUAGAUAAAUACCUGAGUAAAGUUGUUAUUCCGAAAGAGAAGUUACAAUUAGUGGGCGCAGCCGCGAUGUUUUUAUCCUGCAAAUACGACGUAAGGAGGGAACGUUUAUCACCGCUGAUCGAUGACUUUGUAUAUAUUUGUGAUAAUGCGUACACGCAUGAUGAUCUCUUGGCCAUGGAACAAAGCGUUUUGUAUCAGAUUAAAUUCGAAUUAAGUUUCCCUAUUUCUUACAGCUUCUUGAGAAGAUACGCUAGAUGCGCAAGAAUCCAAAUGCCUUUACUCACUUUAGCCAGAUACAUUUUAGAAUUAGCUUUGAUGAACUACAAAACAGUCACGUUGUCAGAUUCCAAACAAGCGGCUGCUGCUUUAUAUUUAGCAUUUAAAAUGGUCAAGCACGAUGAGUGGAACGAUAAAUUGGAGUAUUAUACUGGUUACAAGAAGAGUGACUUCAAAGAUAUCGUUUUAUUGUUCAAUAAAAUGCUUCACCAAGAUCCUUGUGAGCAAUUGAAGACUAUCAAAACGAAAUACUCCCACGAAUUAUUUUUCCGAGUAGCCAAUACUCCGCUAUUAGAGGACGAUAAAUUGGACUUAGAGUAAAAGACGUUUAUUUACUAAAUUUUAAAAAAUUUUAUCACUAUUUUACUGUUUUUUUUUAACAAAGUCUUCAGACUGCGCAAUUUGCAUGCGUUUUAGUUUUUAAACUUUUUUUUUGUCAAACUGAUCUUUCCUUACUUAUGUAUUGUAUUUUUUUGUAACGAAUUGUAAAUGUACAUACUUUUGUGUUCAAUUGUAUAUUUAUUUUAAAGUGAUAAAAUUACGAGUUUUUUUUAUACGUAUCAAAAUACUUUUUUAAUUAUUUUUAAUUUUAACAAUUUUUUAGAGCGGUGUUUAGCGCAUCGUUCUGAUUAAUUUAGUAAAUUACGUGAAAUUUUUUUUCGUUUCUGUUGAAAAAAAAAUCAUCGUGUAGAAACGAAAGUCGAUUUAGAAAAUAUUGAAAGAAACGUUGAAAGUUGGACGCUAGAAGUGUAAAAUUUUGUAAUAUAUGUUUUUCUAUUGUUUGGAUAA